AUGCAUCGGGCCUAUCAGAACGUCUUCAAAAAUACACCAGCUAUGGAUCUUCGAUUAAUUGUAGGCAAUCGUAAUCGUCGUAAUGCAAAAAAUGAACUUAUACGAAAACGUCCAAAACGAUCACUACUACAAUGUAAACAAAUACAAAAUAAAUACAAGAAAAUGUUAGAACGACGAAAACAAAACAAGAAAUCUGUUACUACUAAUGUUCAAACUAAUAAUACAUAA